UUCUUGUGCCAGUCCACCCUUCGCGAAGUGAGCGUUCGGGGUGGUGAGUUUACUAGUGACUUUACUUGCUAACUUGUUCACAGUAAAGUACAACGAUAGCUUACAGACACAUUUUUUGUGAACCCACCAGGUAGUUCAACUUCCUCGCUUUCUUUUCUUCAAGCAAUGUUCAGUUUUGUUCGGUUUUUACAUAAAUAUGAAGUAGGCCUAGUAGUCCCAAGGAGCUUUGGGUGCCCACCGAAGCUAACAACAACAGUGGAACCGGAAAUGCACAGAAGCUCGCUGCUGAGAAACUAGUGAAGACAGUGUAAUCCCAAAAACUAAACAGUUAAAAGACAGACAUAGCAUGUAAUAACCACGAAAAGCAAGCCAAACCAAGAUUCUUGUUCUAAUCUAGGCCAUAUAUCGAUCUCCUCUGCUCUGUUUCAGCACUGUGGACAGCGCUACGCCCAAGUCUACAAGGCUCUGGCAGCCUACUUCAAUCAGUCUCUGUAGGAUGAUCACUAUACUAACGUUCUCUGCAUCUCCACAGCAAACAGAAAUGCAACCUAUAAAAUAGUCUGUGGUAUUUGCUAUGGAUUGUGAUGUGAUUGUCCGCAAGAGUUGAUUGGUCAGUAGGCUUUUAUAGAUGUGAUCUCUUAACUGGAACAUAACCUGCUCCGGAGCAGGUUAGCCCCUCUGCGUUGUUACAAUGGCGAUACAAUUACAGUGGUACUUGAACCCAGGGUUAACCUUGAAGUUAUCUGGAUAAGCUCAAAUCCUGCUUCGUGGUGCAGGCACCUGUUCUCUCAGUCUUGAUUGUGAUUCUUUAACAAACUUGUUUUUGAUUCUUGUGCACUGAGCUCACAGUCAGUGUUACUGUUUGACCUCUCAGACUGACUGAAGUCCAGAUGAUGAGUCUGUGCGCGAGGGGAGAGGAGGACAGAGCAGAGUCUGCAGUACACAGCUGUCUGUCUAUAAAAAGUGAUUUCUCUAAAGAUGAACCUCCAUUCUUCAGAAAUGAACCUGGACCCUCAGACACAAAAGAGAGGAAGAGGAGUCAUGUUUCUGUGGAGGAGCAGCCGUCCUGCUGUGCUUUGUGUCAGGACGUCCUGAAGGAUCCAGUCUCUACCAGCUGUGGACACUGGUUCUGCAGACGGUGCAUCACCUCAUACUGGGACCAGUCUGCUUCACCAGGAGACUCCUCCUGUCCCCGGUGUGGAGAAAGAUCCAGAACAAGAGCUGGACUGCAGACAGCCGGUCAGAUCAACACUGUACAAAUGAGUGAUGGUCUGCAGGAGGUUUUAGAUGAACAUAAGAUCAGUCUGAGGAGGAGAUGUGAAUGUGUGACUGAAGGAAGUGAUGAAACAGGAAGUGGAACCCUCCUCAACAGGAUCUACACUGAGCUCUACAUCACAGAGGGACAGAGUGAAGAGGUUAAUACCCAACAUGAGGUGAGGCAGCUUGAGACAGCUUCCAAGAAGAAAACCCUCCAUGAAACUCCAAUCAAGUGCCACGACAUCUUUAAAGCCUUAUCUGGCCAACAGAAACACAUCAGAGUGGUUCUGACCAACGGCGUCGCUGGUGUUGGAAAAACCUUCUCAGUGCAGAAGUUCACUCUGGACUGGGCAGAGGGCUUGGAAAACCAAGAUGUCGGUCUGCUGGUUCUGCUUUCGUUCAGGGAGCUGAACUUGAUCAAAGAUGAGCAGUACAGUCUUCUCACGCUGCUCCAUGUUUUCCAUCCAACAUUACAGAAGGUCCCAGCAGAUAAGCUCGCUGUCUGUAAACUGUUGUUCAUCUUUGACGGCCUGGAUGAAAGCAGACUUUCACUGGAUUUCCACAACAAUGAGGUUGUGUCUGAUGUCACACAGAAGUCAUCAGUCAACCUGCUGCUGACAAACCUCAUCAAGGGGAAUCUGCUUCCCUCGACUCUCGUCUGGAUAACUUCCCGACCUGCAGCAGCCAAUCAGAUCCCUCCUUCAUGUGUUGACAGGGUAACAGAAGUACGAGGCUUCACUGACGCCCAGAAGGAGGAGUACUUCAGGAGGAGAGUCAGUGAUGAAGAGCAGUCCAGCAGAAUCAUCUCACACAUCAAGACCUCCAGGAGCCUCCACAUCAUGUGUCUAAUCCCAGUCUUCUGCUGGAUCACUGCUACAGUUCUGGAGCACAUGUUGACUACAGACCAGAGAGGAGAGCUGCCCAAGACCCUGACUGACCUGUACUCACACUUCCUGCUGGUUCAGACAAAGAGGAAGAAGCAGAAGUAUGAUGAGGGACAUGAGACGAGUCCACAGGAGCUGAUGGAGGCUGACAGGAAGGUUCUUCUGAAGCUGGGGAGGCUGGCGUUUGAACAGCUGGAGAAAGGAAACAUAAUGUUCUACCAAGAAGACCUGGAGCAGUGUGGUCUUGAUGUGACAGAGGCUUCGGUGUACUCAGGAGUUUGUACAGAGAUAUUCAAAAGAGAGUGUGUGAUCUUCCACAAAUCAGUCUACUGCUUUGUUCAUCUGAGCGUUCAGGAGUUUCUGGCCGCAGUCUACAUGUUCCACUGUUACACCAACAGGAACACGGAGGUGCUGGAGGCUUUCCUGGGAAAAAAACAUUCUGAUUUAACACUGGAUGUCUUUCUUAUGGAAGCAAUAGUGAAAUCCUUUGAAAGUAAAAAUGGCCAUCUGGACCUGUUUGUUCGCUUCCUUCAUGGCCUCUCUCUGGAGUCCAACCAGAGACUCUUAGGAGCCCUGCUGGGUCAGAACGACAAUAGUCCAGAAAUUAUCAAUAGAGCCAUCAAUAACCUGAAGGAGAUGGACAGUGAUGAGAUAUCUCCUGACAGAAGCAUCAACAUCUUCCACUGUCUGAUGGAGAUGAACGACCACUCAGUACAUCAGGAGAUCCAAGAGUUCCUGAAGUCAGAGAACAGAUCAGAGAAGGAACUCUCUGAGAUCCACUGCUCAGCUCUGGCCUACAUACUGCAGAUGUCAGAGGAGGUUCUGGAUGAGUUGGACCUGAUAAAGUACAACACAUCAGAGGAGGGACGACUGAAACUGAUUCCAGCUGUGAGGAACUGCAGAAAGGCUCAAGACUCACUCUGAAGUCGUGGCCUCAGCUCUGAAGUCCAACCCCUCCUAUCUGAGAGAGCUGGACCUGAGUGGAAACAAGCUGCAGGAUUCAGAA